CCUUCUCCCAUCAGAGACACAAGCAAUACCAGUAAUCCCCUCCAUCUGCUCAACAAAUUCCUCGGCCAUGGCUAGAUCACUCCAAGUCACCUUCAACUACCACGUCAAAUUCUCAGCAGCCUCAAAGGCCACGAUCAUCAGGAAGGUACGCCAUCAAGCUCCUGGUUGGGCUAGUAGGGCUAUGGUCAUGGACGACUGGCAUAAAAGUGCCACGGAGUGUCAUGCUCAUCUGACUGUCGAGUACCGUGAUGAGAACUCUGAGAGGCGGGAGAGGGUACAUGUCUUUGCAUAGAUUGAUUUUGUGAAUGAGAAGAAGCACGACAUCGGUUCCAUCAUGACAGUCAGUGUGGGAAACGAGCGGUGCGCUGUAGGGUUCAUGAUAUUGAGCGCUUGUAUUGGGCUGUGAAGGUUACAUGCUGAGAUGAAAGUAUAUGGUCGCCCCAG